CGCCCUCAGAACAAGAGCAGCAGUGCUGGCCCGUCGUCUCCGGAUGGGAAACUGUGGUAGCCGUGAGGUACCCGCGGUCGCGGUCCCGGAGCGCACCGCCCUGGCGCCCUCGCGCCCAAAGACGAGCGCCAACGCCUCGAUGAGGGCGCGCUCCUCCUCCUCGUCCAGCCGCGCAAGCGUUGGCAAGGUGGCCGCGGCGGGCGAGCCAGGCCGCAGCGAGGAGGAGUGGAGGGAGGUGAUCCGGGCGGAGGACCUUGCCGCCUUUGGCUCCAACGAGCCCGGCUCGGCUGCUGCCGCCGCCCACUCGGCGCAGCUCGGCGUGACGAUUGAGUAUCUGCUCGAGUUUACGCGCGAGCACAACUGCUGGCAUUUUCCGACGUGGAAGGUGGUGACGGACAUCAUCAAGCCGGCGACACGCGCGCGGCGGCAGCGUUUCGCCGAGCUGGAUGCGGUGCAGGCCACCGGCGCCGUCGGUCGCGCGGACACGUUUGCGUCGCACUGCUGGGGAGCGCUGUGGGGCUUGCUGGUCGCGUCGCUGGCGGAUCAGGCAGACGUGCGGCGGCGGGUGUGGGUGGACGUGUUCGCGGUGCGGCAGUGGGCUGGGAACGAGGCGGACCACGCCUACGACGCGGUGGUGCCGCACUGCACCUCCUUCGCCAUCUGCUGCCAGGCGUCGCCCACGAAGCAGAUCCAGGGAGUCAACUGCCUCGCCUCCCUCUCCAACUCGGAGAUGCUCGCGCGCAGAAUCGACCUCGUGCCGGAACGUAUCCGCACGCAGAUCGCAUUCCUGCGCGCGUGGUCGCUGCUCGAGAUCAUGCGCGCCGUCGAGGCGGAGGCGCGACACGAGCCGCACCCUGCCCCUCCGUCGGCCGCAUCGUCCGUCUCUAAACUCGAUACGAACUGCUCCGUAUUCGAACUGCUCAGGCGCGCGACAAGCGAUUCGCCGUCGUGA